GAAUAGAUAAUUUUUUUAUAUCUUUAAAAUUGAAAUCACACACUCACAACAUUAGUGGGUUUUCUCUCUUCCUAACUAGAUCUUCAACUCCACACCAGCGCUCCUCUUUCGUCGUCGAGAGGAAUCUGGUCCGAUAGUUCUAGGCAAACGCACUCGCUCCCCUGGUGUCGGAACAUAUUCUGCGACCCCGUGCCCGCCGCCGCCAGUUCCGCCGCCCGGCCCAGAAACAGCAAAUCCUCCACUCGUCUCCGCCGUUCUCCAACCCUCCGAGUGCUCCGUCGAAAGCGUCCUUCUCCCUCUCUCUCUCUAUCGCCUUCAACGCCUUCCGUCGCUUGAUUGAGGAGCAUAAUAAGACAUGGGCAAAGCUUCAAGGGACAAAAGGGAUAUCUACUAUCGGAAAGCAAAAGAAGAAGGUUGGCGCGCUCGAAGUGCUUUUAAACUUCUUCAAAUAGACGAGGAGUUCAAUAUAUUUGAUGGAGUGAAACGCGUGGUAGAUUUAUGUGCUGCCCCUGGUAGUUGGAGUCAGGUUUUAAGUCGUAAGUUGUAUCUUCCUGCAAAGCUUUCACCUGAUGCUAGGGAAGGUGAUCUUCCUCUUAUAGUCGCAAUUGAUCUACAGCCUAUGGCUCCAAUUGAAGGAGUCAUCCAAGUACAGGGUGAUAUAACAAAUGCCCGAACAGCUGAAGUGGUAAUCAGACAUUUUGACGGUUGCAAAGCUGAGUUGGUGGUCUGCGAUGGUGCUCCUGAUGUCACUGGUCUUCAUGACAUGGAUGAGUUUGUUCAGUCUCAACUGAUUUUGGCAGGACUAACCAUUGUUACUCAUGUACUAAAAGAAGGUGGAAAGUUUAUCGCAAAAAUAUUUCGUGGGAAAGACACGAGUCUUCUUUAUUGCCAGCUGAAGUUAUUCUUCCCUAUCGUGACAUUUGCAAAGCCAAAAAGUAGUCGUAAUUCCAGCAUAGAGGCAUUUGCUGUUUGUGAAAACUAUUCUCCCCCUGAAGGAUUUAAUCCUAAGGACUUGCAUCGCCUACUAGAAAAGAUCGGGAGUCCAUCUGGAGUUGAUGACCUAGAUUGCAGUAGUGGAUGGUUGGAGGGACCGAAUAAGGUGUACAUUCCAUUUUUAGCCUGCGGCGACCUCAGUGGCUAUGAUUCCGACCGGUCAUACCCGCUCCCUAAAGCGCCCGAUGGGACUUACAAGAGCCUCGAUCCCGUGCAACCCCCAAUCGCCCCGCCUUACAAGAGAGCUCUGGAGUUGAAGAAAGCCUCUUGUCAUGGAGUGCAGGAGCUCGAAAAGCUAUCCUUGGAUUCCUGAUUCUUGCCAUUAAAUGUUACUUUAAUUUCACAGAGACCAAGAAAUUAGUGUGUACGUCUGUCGUCAACAAGCUAUUGAAUGAUAGACCCGAGAGCUGUGUACAUUUAAGCCCCUUUUCUCACACGAGCAAUCUCUCCGAUGUUUGCUGUGUAGAACACGCAAGGACAGUGCCCCUUCUUUAAUUUUCUGUGUGCGAGAGGCUAGAAGCGGCCAAGAACUUGUGCGGGUAAGCAUUUAAGUGCAGUCAAAAAGAUUGGGAGAAAGCUGUCGCCAAGAGAGACACUUGGUCACGCUUUAGAAUUGUGGGUGGUCCUUACAAUACUUUUUCUUUGAAUAUAUGUCCGGAAAAGGAACGAUCCUAAUGGCUAAAUGGGCCAAU